GAGAAACUGGCAGACAAUCCGCACUUGUAACCAGAUCUCAACCGACUAGAUUCCACAAGCAAAAUGGCUACUCGAGAGCAUAUCCGAUGGAAUUCGCAAGGUGUUGAGAAAAUUCCUGAAGGCGAAGCUGAUGACAUUCAAGCUGUCGUUGAGAUAUUUAACGGGUUGCAUCAGGCCAUGUUUCAGAUGAACGGACACGUCAUGUCUGGAACUCACGGACGAAGCCAUGGUGUUGUCAAGGGCACGUUUAUCGUCCCGGGCAAUCUACCUGGCCACCUGAAACAGACGGAACUAUUUGCGCAGGCUGGUGAGUAUCCGGCCGUUUGCCGCUACAGCUCUGCCCUGCCAGACCCGAAUGUGGAUGACCGCAUUCCCCAGCCUCGAGGUUUUGCGAUAAAGCUGUUCGGCGUUAAAGGUGAAAUGUUUCAGGAGGGGCGCGAUUCUCCUACUCAGGACAUUGAAUUUAACAGCACACCCAUUCUGGAUUUGGCCAACGCAAAGACAGCCAAGGAGAUAAUUGCGCUCAGACUCAAGCACGGCGCAGAUCUAGUUGGCCUCUACAAAGACUUUGAUGCCCGCCCCGAUGCCGAACUGCACAAGAGCCAGGAUCAGAUACGCAGCACUCACCUAGAAGCCACUCGCCAAUACUCCCAGACGGCCUACCGCUUCGGUGACUAUAUAAUGAAGUACUCCCUUGUUCCAUCAUCCAAGAUGCAGCGUGAACUCUACAAACAGACAGUCCAAUCUAGUGACACGCAGGACGUGCUGCGCCACUGGCUACGCGACUUUCACUUGCACAAUGAGGCAGAGUACGAAUUUCAAGUGCAAUUGUGCGAGAAUCUAGAAGACCAGCCGAUAGAAGAUGCUAGUAAGGAGUGGGAUGCGGAGAAGUAUCCAUGGGAGACGGUUGCCAAAUUGGUAAUUCCGAAGCAAGACAGCUACAACCCCAUUAGGAAGAAAUUUUGGGAGGACCACAUAGUGAUCAACCCAUGGCACGGCCUCGUAAGCCUGCAGCCGCUAGGGGGAUCAAACAGAGUGAGACGAGUCGUGUAUCCUGCCAGCAGGGCCAUGAGAAAGAAGCUCAAUGAACUAGAGCCAGUCCACUUAAAAACUAUUGAGGACUUUCCAGAUGCUUGAAACGUCUGAUGCACCGGAUUCAUUCCUUUUGACUCGAUCUUGUACAAACUGUGCAGUUGACUCAAGUUGGUUAGAACAUUUGGAUAGUAUCGUAUAUGCAUAAUUGAGAGUCAUCGUGGACAAAUAUAUACGAAUACCAUUGCCUGAAGUAAAGUAAAUUUGCUGAUGAAACGAGACAGGAUCAAUGAGGAUACUUGAUUAGGUACGGUAUCUUGCUUUUACUUGUGUGAAAUAUCUUGAAAGGUGG